AUGAGCUAUACUCCUAUAUUCACUUCUAUUCAGACAAUUGAGGGUAUUCAGACUGCUAAUAAGAAUAUAUACGGAUAUUUCAUGAAAAGUGAGUACUCUUACUAUGUACCGGCUGAGUACAGAUACGCUGCGUAUAGAAAGAGUACAGAUGUGACUUAUAUCGUGGUGGUAGUUGGUUACGAGAGUAGAUCGGGUGAUUACUUGUACAAACACAAUGAAGACGAUUUAGAGAUUGAGUGCUUACUGGGUAAAGAUGCAUCUUACUUGCGGCGGAAACGAGUAAACCUUUCUGGACUAGCUAGAACGAUUAGAGAGAUGGAAAUGGAGAAGUUAGAACCAAAAGCAUUUCAGCCGAAUGAGUGCUUUAUUGGGUUGGCCUUUCCGGAUGGCUUGCCACGGGUAGGUAUUAUGAACAUGAUUGAUAGUUUGUUGUGCCAUGGUAAGUUUAAAGGAGUUCUUUUGGCGCCUUUAUCUUUGGGAGUGAGUUUUGGGUUGGGACUGUCCAAUUCGGUGGUGGUUAAUCGGGUGGAUAUGAGUGUUUGGGCGAUUGAAGAUAAUUGCAUUUUAGAUGGGGGUGUGCUGGAUAAGAAGUACAGUCGGACUAUGGAUGGAGAUGAUUUAGUGGAUGAACUGACCAAUCGUGAAGAAGGUCCUGGAGCUAGUAUUUAUACUAAUGAGUGCUAUAUUUGCCAAGAUCGGUUUGAUUUGGCCCAGUUUAGUAUGCAUUUCAAAAACAAGCAUGGGAUUGAUGUAUAUGAAGAUCUGAAAGAAGGAGAUUUGAUUUUAAGCCGGUGUAAGGCUAUUAUUGAACCGCCUGAGCCGGUUAAUGAGAAUUCUGGGGUUAAAACCAUAGAAGAGAGUCUGGCGGCUUUAUUAGAAAAGGUCGCUCCUCCCGAAAGAGAGAAGAAGCUUGCCUCUACGUUGAUUUACAUCACUAAAGACCGAACACCAUUACCUCAACCGCCGACGACUGCUCCUGCCGCACCGGCUGCACCUCUGCCAGCUGAACCCGCUUCUAAUCCGGCUAAUACUAGUGAAUCUAAUCCUAACUCAUCCCAAACCAUGCCCGCCCCGCCCCCUCUUAUUCCCACUACUCUGGAGGAGCAAGAAGCUAUUCAGCUUCCCCUGGAGUUUACUACUCUUAACCAUCUUACUGAGGAAGAAAGAGGCACCACGGCCUGGCGAGGUCUUCAUGCUCUAACUAACAUUGAGCCGGCCAAAGAUCUCUGGCUGACUGAUAAAGAGUGGCAAAGUGUUCGUUUGCGCAUUCUCAAGGAGAAGAUUCUCUUUCCCAUUUAA